GAUGACUGAAGAAAGCUGCAGCUUAGAGUCAAAGGAAACGCGUCUCCCUCUGUGUGAUAUGACUAAUGUUACAAGCAAAAGAGGACUAUCUUCCAUUUUGAGUGAUUUUCUUUUGAAAUCUGGAGACGAUUCUGGUAAGACCAUUGUUAGUGAAGGCUCAGGAGUUAAGUUUUCAAAGAGGUUGUGUUUAGUUGUUGACGACUUGGUCAAGGAGAGUACUAGGACUAGUACCGAUACAAACGAUGGCUCUUCACUUGUUGUUGAUGCUGAUUCUGAGAAUUUAAAAGAGUCUCAAGGUGAAACCAAUGCGGUUGAUAUUGGAGUUGGUGAUGCUGUGGUGGAACUUAGUCAAAGAGAGUGUGGUAAGGACUCGAACAUGGCUGACUUUGCAAGUCAAACCGAUGAAGACUUGAAGGAGACUUUGUACAGUAGCAGCAAUAAAGAAAGUGAUGAAGGAACGGGCUUGUUGCCUGUUGACUGUAUGGAGAUUGUAAACCACGAUAUGGAAGCUGAUGAUGAGCUUAGAUCUUGCUCUUGUUCUUUUUGCCUCAAAGCUGCAUAUAUCUGGUCAGAUCUCAACUACCAGGAUAUCAAAGGUCGAUUAUCUGUGCUGAAGAAGAGCCAGAAAGAAACUAGUAACUUGAUCCGAAGGAAUGGUAAUGAAGGAGAGCCAACGGAUGUAGAAUUUGAUGUCAUGGGUCAAUGGACAUCUCUCUUUCUUAACAUGGAUGGGAUCUUGGCUCGUGAAGGCAGACACCUUCAGGAUAGCUUUGUAGCUAUGAAAGAGCUUAGAGAAAAUUGCAAGAUUGAUCUGGAGAGGGCGAUGAAAACACCUCAACACAACAACACUUAG